ACCAACGGACGACCAGCGAAAUGGAGCUGCCAGUAGUCCUUGUUUUCGUACUUAGUGUCAUACCAUUUGGAGCCCAGGGCGCGGUACACGAUGAACUGCCUCAGUGCGGGUUACACGGUGUCUACAGGCAGCGGCAGAGUCUCGUCGAAUCGCCCAACUAUCCGGACAACUAUCCGGUGAACACCUGUUGGGAUUAUGUGGUGCGAUCUCCCUACCGCUGCCCCACCAAGUUUCACAUACAGUUCCUCGACUUCAAGCUGGAGCUAUCGGAGAACUGCAGUCGGGAUUACUUGGCCAUUGGCCUGAACAACGACGGCGACGACAUGGACGUCUUGUGCGGCCAGGUGCUGGGUAUCAAGAAGUACCACACACCCGAUGGAAUCCUGCGUCUGCGCUUCCUCAGCGAUGAUUCGCCUUGGACAACGAACGGUGGCUUCCGUUUGCUCAUCACGCGUUUGGCCUGCGAAAGGGAGGAUUUGGUGGCCAGGGGUCUGGACGAUGACGAGGAGGAUGUCGAUGGGGACACGGUGCAGGUGAGCGCCAAGUCGCCUCCAAAGAAGCUGCUCACCCAGCACCACCAUCAUCACCUGCCACAGCAAAGCCCCCAGCAGCAACUGGAGCCAGCUUUCAACUUUACGCAACCAAAUCGGUUGGGCUUUAACUUGGGCUUGCAACCAGGACUUGGUUAUCCUGUUGGCUUAUAUCCACCGUCUGCGGGAUUACCUCCCCAGUACUCGCCACCUUGUGCUCCCCAGCAACAGCAACCACUGUUGCAACUGCAGCAGCAACUGCAACAGCAGAUCCUGCAUCAACAGCGACUGCAACAGCAGGCUUUGCAGCAGCAACAGUUGCAGCUGCAGCAACAAGUGCCACUGCAGCAUCCACAGCAACUUCAGCUUCCCCAGCAACAACUUCAGCUUCCCCAGCAGCAGCAGCAACAGCAAGAGUUGCCCCUGAUUUCCGAUCAAUACCAGACCACCUCCUUUCAGCCCCAUGCUGUUACUCUCAAGGAUUACGAUUCCCAGACCUUGCAGCAGUUUGGUGGUCAGUUGGAUCUGUGCUGUGCCAGUAGCUUCAAUCAGAACCACUUCUAUCUCUCCAGUCCCGGAUUUCCAAGGACUGUCUUGAACUAUCUGCUGCCCAAUCAGCAAAGGGAUUGCGUAUUUUACAUAGAGAAGAGCUCACCAAAUGUCUGUCGUUUGCGGAUUCAGUUUAAGUUCUUUGACUUCGGCCAGAAUUCAGGAGGCUCAAUUGGAGGCAGUUUUGGCGGAGGAUUUGGAGGAGGAGUUUCCAGUGGAUUGGGUGGCUUUGGAGGCCAACAAAAUUGCAAUGGUGACUUUCUGGAGCUGGAUGGUCAGCGAUACUGCGGCUGUCGUUCGGGCUACGUUCACAAAUCGCAUUGGGACCAGGGUCGCAAGGCGUUGCGCAUGCGCAUAGGACAGUCGAGCAGCACCACGUCCAAUGGCUUCCUGCUGGAGAUAUUCCAGGAUCAGGACUCCGACGGCUGUCGCCAAGAUGCUGGCCAAGGAUUUGGAUUUGGUCAGCAGCAGCAGCAGCAGCAACCACAAAGGGGAUUGGGCUUGUGGCCGCAGGGCUUACAGCCUCAAUUGGGCUUGCAACCCCAAUUGGGAUUGCAACCUCAGUUGGGAUUACCGCCGCAAACAGCACAAAUGUGGCCGCUGCAAGCCGGCUAUCCUGGCUUUAUCAGUGGAUAUCCCCUACCCUUUGCGCCCACUCCUUAUCGAGCGGCGAGAAGGAUUUCCUAUGCCCGCGGAAUUGAUGCUCAACAGCCAUCGAGAGUGGUGGAAACCAACUCCACCCGCAAGGAGUUCUACUACUUCGACGGCGAUGAGGCCUUUGCCCGUGCCGCCUUGGACGAUGACGAGGAUGAGGAUAAGGCUCACCUGGGCGUCACAACUCAGCCACAGGCUCCAACCCAAUCCGCAGUUAAGCCAGUGUCGCCUGUGGUUACGAAAGCCUUCGAACAAAGCAGUUGCUCCUUUGAUUACAUGGAGGUACUUAAACUUUCGGUCGACACUCUCUGGCUAACUAAACCCUUGUGCUUUUCGCCCCUGAGAAGUUGGUUCCCAAACAUUUUUGGCUAAGGGUGCCAAACAAGCGGUGGUACU